AUGAGUGAAGAUAACCCAAGUUGGUAUAUUGAUAAAGAAAAUUUUCAACCACUAUCAACAGGACGCAGCCUUAGUCAAAUCGAUGAUGCUAGUGAUCUUCAAAUAAUACGCAAUGGACUGGAAGAGAAAAUUCUUAUUGAUGAUUCGGAUGACCCUCUCAGUAAUUGGAUCUCACUGAUUGAAUUUAUUGAGCAAUCUUAUGCCGAUGGCGGUAAAGCUGGUCGGAUUGAUGAAACCAUCAAAGAUUGUGUAAAACGUUUUAUCGACAAUACUCAAUAUUGGGAAGAUACUCGGUUCCUAGCUGUAGUUCUCAAGUACAUUCGUGGCUGUAAUAAUCCAUUGGAAAUUUAUGAUUCGUUGUUCAGUAAAAAGAUUUUUUCAAAAUUGGCCAAAUUUUACGUUGAAUGGGCAUGGGAUCUGGAACUUGCCGGUAAUUUUAAAGAAGCUGAUAACGUUCUGCAUAAAGGGAUGAUGCUGGAAGCAGAACCAUCUGAAGAUUUAACAACCGCUCAAAUUCAACUUCAAGUACGUCUUGUCAAAAAAAUUGCUGCUAAGGACUUGGAUGACUCUGAAGCCAGUGCUGAUCAAACUCAACAAAGAAAAGCAUUAGUUGGUUUACGUCCAACGGUUAAAAAAGGCAUAACUAAAGCACCUGUCGAUCGGGUUUCUUCUAUUAAAACCGAUUUCCAAAGUCUAAAAGCCUCUGUUGAAUCGGCGAAAACACGUCCAGCGAUCGAUAUACAUGUUGAUAAUAACAGUUGUACUGAGCCUACUCCUAGCUGUUCAAGUAAAUCAUUUGUAGUCCCACAUGACAAAGAAAAUCUUUUGAACCCUUCAAAAUGGACUGGUAUCAAAUUAAAGUCGAAACCUACAGUUGUGCGUCAAUGUGAAUUUGUCAUCUAUGAGGAGGAAGAUGAAAAUUCUGAGGUACCAGCAGAUACUAAUGUAGCAGCAGAUGUGUUAAAAAUGCGAAAAAAACAAGUCGAUGCUCCAUCUCUGCUUACCCUUGAAAGCUUGGAGCCAAAUCAAAAGUUUUAUUGCGACUUAAAUUCAAUCUACAUUGGUGCGUCCGAAUAUUCAUUCGAGGAAAUCAGAUAUCAUAAGUGGCUGAACAACAUCAAAGGAAUGGAAAAGGUUUAA